GGGAGGGGAUCUGGACCUGGCGGGGGCGGGUCCGGUCCGAGGCCCGGUUGCAGCAGCUGUGCGAGCCGCUGAGCGACUCGGAGGCGCAGGGCGGCCCGGGGAUUUGCUUUGCUGCUGCCUCCGUUCCCCCCCCUCACACCACCCCUUUUUCCCGGGGAGGAAAGUUACUUCGCCGCCGCGGGCAGGGCGUCUGCAGCCGCAGGGAGCCUCCCUCUUUCCCCGGCGAGGAGGUCGCACCGCAUCGCAUCGUCCUCGCAGCGGGGAGCUUCUCCCCUCUGGGCACUGCAGCGUCCCCGCCAGGAGCCGCCCGGGGAGCCGGGCUUUGCCUUGCCGCGGGCCCUGAGCCGGCGCCGCAGAGACCCGUCCUCCCGCAGGGGCGCCCCGGGGAGCGGGGGACGCGCCUCCCCGCCCGGCCCGGAGCCAUGUCCCUGCUGCGGGUGGCGGAGCCGGAGCCGCCGGCGCAGCGCUGGCUGCCCACCCACGUCCAGGUGACCGUGCUGCAGGCCCGGGGCUUGCGGACCAAGGGAGGGGGCGGCGGGGGGAAGCCGGGCACCAGCGACGCCUACACCAUCAUCCAGCUGGGCCGGGAGAAGUACAGCACCUCGGUGGCGGAGAAGAGCACGGGCAGCCCGGAGUGGAAGGAGGAAUGCUCCUUCGAGCUGCCCCCGGGGGCCCUGGAGCUGGGGGAGCCGGCGGACUGGGGCGGGGGCUCCCCCCGCGGCCAGGGGGGCUGCGAGCUGGUGCUCACCGUCAUGCACCGGGCGCUCAUCGGCCUGGACAAGUUCCUGGGCCAAGCCACCGUGGCCCUGCAGCCGGUCUUCAGGGAGAGCCGCUCCAUGAGGAGCCAGUGGCACAAGCUACAUUCCAAGGCCGGGAAAAAGGAGAAGGAGCGAGGAGCGAUCCAGGUCACCAUCCAGUUUACCCGCAACAACCUGACGGCCAGCAUGUUUGAUCUUUCCAUGAAGGACAAGCCCCGGUCACCCUUUGGCAAGCUGAAGGACAAAAUGAAGGGGAAGAAGAAAUACGACUUGGAAUCUGCCUCUGCUAUCAUCCCCAGCAGCACGGGGGCCCUCGACAUGGAGGAGGACUACGAGCUAGGGGGCAAGAAAUCCAAAGGCAAGGGCGGUUUCUUCAAGAACAAGCUCCGCAAGUCCUCCCUGACCCAGUCCAACACCUCGCUGGGCUCCGACAGCACCAUCUCCUCAGCCAGCGGUAGCCUGGCUAACAACUUUGGCAUAACCAUCAAUGUUCCUGAGGUAACCAAAUCCCCGAGCAGGCACAGCAGUCUGUCCACAGAGCGCUCUGUUAAAGACUAUCUGCCUUCGCCAAAAUUAACCCACAAGAGAGCAUUCAGUGAUGAGAUCUCCCAGGUUAACGUGGUAGCUGAGCCGAAAGCAAUCCAAAGUCCGAAGCCAAAGGAUGACCCUGUCUCCAGAUCCUCUCUCUGUGUCAAUGGAAGCCAUGUUUACAGUGAUGAACCUGCACCAAAGAGCCCGAUGUCUGGCCUACCGAGCUCCUUGCCGCUGUCCCUGCCUCUACAGAAUAUCGCCAGAAAGUCUGAGGAAGGUUUCCAUGCUGGCUUCCCUCCUCCUGACUCUGAAGACCUGCCAUGGGGAGUCAGGCAGCAGAAAGAAGAGCCCAGAUUCCUUCCCUCUCCUCCCAGCUUAGCAGUACAAGAGGAGAACAAGGUCUCAACCAAAGCUGUAACCCUCAGCAACCACCUAGGUAGAGCCAAGUUGGAAGAAGGCAGCCGCUUAGAGACCAAACCUGUGCAGAUCGCAACACCGAUGGUCUUCUCCAUGGAGGUGACGAAAGACAAAUCCCAUGAGGAAACCAGAAAGGAAGACAAGAAGUCCAAGGUUGGCCUCUUCCACCAUGGGGGCACUAAAGGUGAUGCAGGGAACAAGAGCUUGGGGGAGAAGCUGGGAUCAUCCCUGACCAUAUCUCCGCAAGUAACAGCUGCUGGAGACGAGAAGAGUAAGAGCAGCAGCUGGUUUGGAUCCAAGGACACCAAAGAACCUUCUCAGAAACCCAGCCUGGAAGUGUCUCCUAAGGUAGAAACCAGCUCAGAUGCACCUUCUCACUUUUCCCCUUGUUCCCCUGUCCAGUGUCCUCCUGCUGCUAUAGUCCAUCCUGCUCGCAUGCUAAGCACUAACCUUUUAACUGCUGCUGAAGAAAGUCAGUUUGGAUGCCUGUCCCCUACCAACCCAUUCCUCCACUCCCUGCACAGCAACCCUUUCUUUGAGGACCUCCUUGCUGACCAGGUACUAAACUCUCCUUCCCCUACUCACUUUUUCUCUAGUUUCCAGUCUGGGUCGCAUGCUACCAAAGAGGUCGUUGGGCACCUUUAUUCCUCUGAGGAUUACAGUCCCUCUGCCUCCCUAGGACUUCACAAACCACAGCAGGAGUCUUCAACCCAAAGCGCUGGUGCCCCUAUUCCAGAAGCCACUCCCACAUCCCAAGGACUCAGCCCUCCUCGAGAACAGACUCCUGCUACUCCUCCUGUCUUUGACUGGGAUGACACCUUUGAUGCCUUUGCGACGAGUAGACUCAAACCAGAAAUUCGGGAGGAAAGCCUUUUGAAUUCUGUAGUUAUGGAGGACGUGGCCUACAUCGAUGAUCCAAGUCCAACAGGAAGCCCAGCUGAACUAGUUCAUGAAAACCAGAUUGAGAAAGCUAAGGUUGAGCCACAAGGUGCUGAUGAAGUGUCUCUAGGCCCAGGGUCCUGGGCAGAUGUCACAAUCUUAAAAGAAAGGGAGCCAAAUGUACUGAAAACAGUGCAGGAAGCUACACGGAGAGAAGAUGGUGUGUUGGAUCAUUUGGGCUCUCUGUUGGAGAGUGAGAAAACUAGCACCUCUCAAGCCUGGUCUGCAUUGGGAGCUUCGGGGAAGGAGGAGGAUGCAGCAGCAUUGACUACUCAAAAUAGUGCCAGAGAGAAAUGGGACAGCGAAACUGUGCACGUAGAAAAACUGACUGUAGCAUACAGUGAGGAGGAGCCCAAUAGUGCAGGGGAAGAUGAAUGGACGACCACGGCCACAGAAACAAUUGGCGGUCUAUGGGAAAGUGACCAAACCGUCGCCGAGAAGGAACACGAGAUUCAGGAGAGCAUGUUCAGGCCACGUCCACCUUCCGACGAGGGCAUCUUCGAAGAGGAAAGCAGCCCUGUGAGUGCCCCCGGCCUAUUGACCAAAAGCAACUUAGUCUUGGAGAAACCCAGUGAGGUACUUCCUCGGAAUAAGGCUGCCCUAUCACUGUUGGUGUCAAAAGUGGAAGCGGCGGAGAAGCCAUCAGCUGUAUUCGACAUCAGUGAUGGUCAGGAUUCUAGUAACACAGAGGGGAUGGUUGAUAUAAAGCCACCAGGAGGUGGGCUUCAGACUAGUGCACAAUUGGAGGCAGAUGAAGCCAGCAUGAAACUCGGUUCUGACUUUCACGAGAGACAGAUCCCCUCUGCUGUAUGGACUGAGACCCCAGAGAGGGAGGAGGAGAGCAGUGGGGCAGCUGGUUUGGAGAUAACCAUGGGGGCACCGCCGCCAAAGCCUCCGAGAUGGUUCACACCCUGGGAUUUCAGAGAGGAAGAUGAUGAGGCCAAUUUGGACACACAGAUGAGCCAGCAAGGCAACGAAUAUCAGUGUGAAAAUGAGGAGGGCCCAAAGGUGGCAGUUCAGCCGCAGUAUACCCAUGUAAGCCGAGAGAAUGUUUCCCCAGUGGCUCCCAGCCCACCUGUGUUGGGAGCAGCGAUAAUUGAAGCAAAAGCGAGUUGCGUCCCUUCGGUUGCUGGAGAUGCUGAUUCUGCCACAGAGGACUGGGUGGCUAAUUUGAAGGCAAGAGCUAAUGAGUUCACAAAACGGGACACCUCUUCUGGGGAAAACCUGCUAGAGAUAAAUGAGGAGACUGGGGCUGAGCAGUUCGAGACUUGCCCUUCGAAAUUCUCUCUAGACAGAUUAGGCCUGUCAGAUGCUGAAGAAGACUCAAACAAAUUGGAAAUGGUAAAGCCAAGUUUCCACCCCCAGUCACAACAGCUCACCGAGCGACGCUCCGGCGCCGGGUGGGGCUUGUCGGAGACUGCACCGGCGUUCCCAGAGAGGAAAGAAAUACUCCCUGAGCAGCUGAUUCCUUCAAAGCCCGAUACUCCCAGAGAUCCAGAAUCCAGCCAAUCGGUGCUGUUCUGCACAGCUGUGGAGGAGCAGUGGCCCGCUACGCACUACCCAAGCCCCAGCCCAGCUGACCAGCUUGAAAGGUUAGCUCUGCAAGAGCAUCCCUCGCAGCCAAGGCCUAAAUCGGGGAAGGGAGAUAACCAGGGACAUCUUGGCAAAGCACCAGCCCAGCCAGCUGAACGGGAGCCUCAAACCCCAGAAGUGUUAGAGAGCCUGACCUGCGCGUCAGAGCAGGGUAGCUAUUCAGCUGACAGGCCCGAGCCAUUGUCGAGUCAGCGGCUUAGCUGGUCAGUGGAUCAAGUGAUAGACUUCAAAAAGGCUGAAUUCUGGAGGCCAGUUAGCGGGGAGGAGAGCAGAGAGCAGGCUGACACUUCAACCCUGGGCAACCCUUUCACCCCCAGAGUCAGCCCCUCGUCCCCAAACAAUCCCUUUGUGGAAAAGCCACCAGAUGUGCUCCCGAUUCAGGCCACGUCACCCGAAAUGCCUGGUCAGGGAGGCUUAAAUUUCAAAGACCUUCACAAGGAAGCUGCUCCCCAUGGCUUCCAGCCCGCUAACCUCCCUGGGGACCAGCUAGUUGAGCUUCCUUUCUUGCAUGGCAACCAGCCCUUGGCCUUCUCCACACCUUCCCUUGUGGCCGCGACUAACCCCCAGCAGUUCAAUUUCCCUUCCCCCAUCGUGUGCCCUACAACUGGUGGGGUGCCUGCGGUGACCAGCCGGGCAGCAGCCCAGUCCUCCUGCCCUUUGCUGCAGACCAGUGGCAUGAAAGUCUCAACGCUCACGGUUUUGCCCAAGGAGACACAGCCGGCUGAGAAGCCCUCUUUCCAUCAGACAAGCAGUCCUCAUCCAGUGAAGCCCAUAAGUGCUGCAGUGGCAGAGGUCUCCGGGGAGAAGAAGCAGCACAGGUCCACCUUGACCACUGCCCUGAGCAGCGGCCUGGAAAAGCUGAAGACUGUCACCACGAGUAGUGUCCAGCCAGUGACUCCUUCAUCGCAGCUGGAGAAAAUGGAGUCCAAAAAGCUAAAGGAUGCUGCUCUGCCUGACCAGUCUGCCAAGUAUUAUCACCUGACCCAUGAUGAACUCAUCCAGCUGCUGCUGCAGAGGGAGAAGGAGCUAAGCAGGAAAGAGGAGCAUGUCCAUGAACUGGAGAACUACAUUGACCAGCUGCUGGUGCGCAUCAUGGAACAGUCUCCCACCCUCCUUCAGAUCCCCCUGGAAAAAAACACGACCAGCAAGUAACCUCCGCUCAGAGAUCUCCUUGGCGUCACUUGCCCACAGCACUCCAGCAAUAAACACGCCAAAGACACCUGAUUCUGCCCCUGCGCACACGCUGUCCCCACCUCUUACAAGUAAAACCCAAGAGGGCUCUGGUGCCCACACAAAUUUGCUGAGAGUCUUUCAGUAAAGACUAGCUGUAUCACCUAACAAAUGUGCUCUAGAUCCAGGAAACGACUACACUGGGGCAUAGAACACUGCAAUGCCCAGCCCAUGAACUGGACUUCUCCGGCCUGGCAGAGUGGUUCAGGAACAUCUUGCAUGGAGCUCCUGCCAAAGCCGUAAGGAGUCCCUGGAACUGGACGUCUGAAAAUUGGAAAUGUGCCAACUAGCCCCUGGCUUCGAGCUACCACCCCUGCCUGUGUUCCCAAAUAACCCUGUUCUAUCGGAAAUGAGGUGUCCUGGCUUGCUAGAAAGUUCUCUGAAUCGCUGCCACAGCUGAGGAAUCUUACAUGUGACACCUGAAAAUCACAAGUGUGUGGCUCUUUCCCAUGUUGCUGUACAUGCCAGUGUGGCAAGGGGUGAGUGGGAGCCAAUUUCACCUCUCUUCUUGUGUUUCGAUGGGCACCAUUUCUUUGCCAGCCCAAAGGAAAGGGUUCCCCAUCCAAUUAGCAAGCUCUUCUCUAAGCACUAAGUUCCUGGCCGUAUGGGAGAUGAGACAAAAAAUGACACUGGUGAAAUCGGCUGAGCGUGACUGAGCAUGUGUCCGUGCUGGAGCAUGAGCUGUGUUGGUAACUUUACUGCAAGUUUGCCUCUGUGACAAAACCAACUCUUCCUUACCCAGCUCAGACUAGAACUGCAUCCCAGGGCUUCCGGGGAAGGGACCUGUUGAUGUUCAUGCAGCAUCUGUCCCAUAGAACUUCCUUCACAAAGCCACCUUACCCAUCACCCAUGUGUAUGCUACAGGCACACACUGUGGACUUGUUGGCAUCAGUCACUGCUGAUAUUUCUGCACAGUGUUGUCUCAUUAAAUGCCUCUUUCAGUGUUUACAUGGCGUGUUUGAAACCACCAUGGCCCUUGACACUACUUGCCUACUUCUUUUUAUGUGUCUUUUUUUAAUGUGCCUGGAAGAUGCUGUAAGAAACAGAAGCUAGAGUGUGACUGCCCAGCCCUGUCUGCGUGCAUGACAGCAAAUUUAGCCAGACACCAGACAGAUAGUCUGUAAUAAACUAGCAAUUCACCACUCUAAAAUACCCCCAGGAUUAAUAUUAUGCCUAGGGCUUUCUCCCAUCUAUUUUGACAUCAAGACUCUUAAAUCUUGUGCCAGUGCCUAGAUGUUUCACUGGGCCAGCACCCUCAGGAGGUGUAUAUGUAGCGUUCGAUUUUGGGGCCUCAAUGAACAAGCUCCUUGUUGGCUGGUUGGUUUAGUCGCUGCAAAUAUGGUGAGUCUGAGGCUUGAGUAUGACUGGUACAUCUGGCCACAGUAGAAAACAGUAUAGUUGCUGGUUCUGAUGUGCCCUUGGGUGGGGCCAGAAGUUGCUGCUGUCUUCCAUUUGGGUUUUUAGCUCUUGUAAGUUUCUUCCCUCUGCUCCAUCAAGGCGUUGGGUAGCGGGUCCUCUUGCAAGUGAAGGAGCGGCUGUGUUAUCCCAUCGAGACAGGGAGGACAGGGCCUGACACCUAACUCGAGUUGGACUUCAGUGUCCUCAGCCAGGCAAAGGGGCAUUGUUUCCACUGGAACCCCUGAAGUUUUUGCUGUCGUUUUUAAGCUUUUUUCACAUUCUUUCACUGUUACCUGUUGAAAUGUAUUAAAUUGACUUCAGAAAGUUGUGCCUUUUGUAAUAGAAUAAAGGCAGUUUCCUGUUAAAAUGAUUGAUUCUUUAAACCCAACCUGCAGUCCAAUGGAUUAUUGUCCUUACCUAACCAGCCUUGCAAAAUUCUACUUGCCCGCCAGGCUCAGGUAAGUUGGGGGUGGUGUUGGUUUGUUUUUUAAGGCAAAUAAAUCAGACCAUCCUGGGCAAAUGGUGGGCAAGUAGCUUUGUGUUCUGGGGCUGGAACACUUUUAUGUAAGGCUGGUGUAAAUGAGGUCCUCUGUUAGUCCCUUGAAAACACUGGCCAUGAGCAUUUCGGUCCUAUUUGUCUUUGUUUCUAAUAGGAAAGAAGUCUAAUAGGAACAAUGCACUUGUCUGCCUGCAUUGUUGUUCUUUGUGUGCAUGUGUCUUGAGGAAGGCGGGGUUUUAAGAAAUGUAUCCAGCUUUUCUUUCUUCAUACAAGUUCAAGUACUUGCACGUACAAUCAAAAGGUUCCCCUAGAGUGAGAGCCAGGUCCCUUUCCUGGUUGUAUGCCUCUUGGAAAAUGUCUUCCUUUUAUGUGAGGAGGAGUUACAUGCAGUGUGGUAUAAGGAGGCAAAACUUGCAAAAAAACAAUUAUGCAACUAAACCUACCACACCAGGGCAUGGAAGGGAGGGGCAUAAUCAAAGACAGCUGAGCUGGAAUAUGGAGGCCUGUGUCAGAUGGGCAUUAAAAAGGAGGGAAGUCUGUAGUAUUUCAUCUCUAUGAGAAUAAAUGUGUCCACGCUGGCUUUUCAGCAGCCUGUGUAUAAAAGAUGCAUGCCCCGUUCGGUCUGUCCUCUGAAAUAUACCUGCUUCCUUGGCACCGAUGUGGGACUGGCAUCAUUUCACUGUUCUUCCAGCGUACCAUGCAGCAGAAACAUAUGAGACCAAAUCAUGCUGCCUGGUACCAAACCAUUCCUCAUGUUGGCUUGAUCCCUGGACAGCCUCUAGAGCCAAUUAGUUGCUCCCUUGGCUUGUCUGUCUUGUAGGAUUUUGUUUCAUCUUCUCAUCCUGAGGACUGACUUAUUGUAGGUGCUUUCUACACCCACACAAGUGCUAAUGUUUUUAAAGAGCUCUCUGCACCCCUAUCCACUGCUUCUUAAUCCUUUUGUUAUGAUUUAAUCACAUCUACAAAAUCUCUCUGCCUUAGACGGUUUUCUGCCUUGUUGAAGCUUGAAUGUUUGCCACUUUAUCUAUUCAAGAUAACCUUGAAGAGUUGCAUCACAAAGAACUGUACCAGGACAAUGGACUUGUUUAACGAUAAGCCUGUUUCCUUUCCACGACCUGUCCUUCUCCCUCUGAAGGUCGCUGCUGAGUGAUUGAACCCCACAGGCUACCUUGCACCAAAAGAAUCCACUCAGUGAGAAGUUGUACAUAGCCUAAAACGCUGCCAAGCAGAUAGCUUUAAAAUGUUCAAGCCUUGAUUCUACACGAGCAGGGAUGCUCUGAGAAACCACCUGGGAGACUCCGCGUUCUUGGUGGAGCAGGUACUGCAUGGGCAGCACGACAUCUGAGUUAACCAAAGUUAGUCUGUGGGGAGUAUGGCACAAACCUAAUGAUUGUCUUGGCUAAGAGGGUGUUGUCCCUCCCUCCCCUGUUAUGGGUGUCAUCUAAUUGACCGUUAGACUUUUCAGAAGUCAGGCAUUUGUGAUUGAACUUUGGCUAGGGAAAGGCAUCCUUGAGGAGAGGUUUCUUUGGUAAGUCCACUUACUGUUUUGUUCUCCAUUCCUCCACUACCUUAGAACACUUCCUUCCCAAGUGAUUAUGCGCCACAUAACAGAGCAGAGAAUGUUAAAUAUGCCACAAGUGUCCAGAGAACUCGGUUAAAACCAAAGUGGCUAUUUAAUUAACUUCAUUUGGUACUAAAAAAAUGUAUUGGAGAGCCUGAUGUGAAGAUUUUAAAAUGUAGAUGUCUCACAAAAAGGAGGUAGGAGAGAGCGGAGUACAAUAGAAAUGUAUCUGUCUAAAAACGAUUGAUGUUCCUGUCCUGUAUUCAUAUUUAAAGGAGGUGGUUGUGUGAAAACAAGGAGUUGAAAGUAUGUCAUUGUCCCUAUGUACCAGUCUAAUGCUGGAAUCCUCUUGGUGAGGGUUAGUCACUGCAGGUGAGAUGACUUUUGUAUGUCUAGAUCACUUGCUGUCAACAGUGUGCCUAUUUAUUCAGUUUGAAACAAGGCCAUUCCCGUAACUUUGUCUUUCAUCCCAGUAUAUUCGGCCUCUUCCCCCCAUACAAACUGCUUUGCAGGAUUUUUCUGCAGAUGUGCAGCUGAUUGCGUUUAUGUCAUGCUUUGUUGUCAGCCCAAAGGGUCAGUAAACUUUUUUUUAAAAAGGAAGCCCAUUAAGCAGUCUGUUUCUUUAUUUUCUCUUCUGGCCAGGGGCGAAGGGGGUACAGAAGAGAUGUCCAGUAAUGCCCUUAAACUGGAACAAAUCUGAAGGGAUAUGGAUACUGAACAGUGUUUUGUAAACUCAAUCUAUUUGAGUUGGUUGAUCUUGUUUGUAAAAAAACCGUGUUAUGUUCUGUGCUAUAAAUGAGUGUUGGAAAUGCACCCAAAAAAACAGGGUUAAGAGUGUUCAAAUCUGGGGGGUAUGUUGAUUUCCGUAAUCUUCACAGAGUUGGGAAGAGAGUUCUGCUUAUGUUUCUUGAUUUAAUAGUUGCAACUAAUGUUUAUAAAGAGCUUGUUAUUUACGUUUUAAGCACUUUAAAAAAAAAUAAAAAUUGUUCAAGCUGUUCCUA